GGUAGCCGGUGGGUUUUACAAGUUACUGCGGGGAAGAUGGUGGACCUGGCGACUGCAGCGUGCUCCAAACUCCGUCCAAAACACUUCGAGAAAUAUUUACCAUCUCAGCCUGGCGUUAGAUAUAGGUUACCCGGGGACAAUCACAGAUAAUACACAGAGAAAAUCGAUAGUUAGAGGAUAUAUCCCGCUCUAAACAGCUCCUUUUUUCCCGGGAUUGAAGACGGCAGUUGGUUGCAAAACGUGUUUUGUGGAGCACCUCACGGACGCUAAGCGAAGUGUAGCCUAAAGAGUGAGAAAGCUGUUGGCUAAGGGCGGAGUGGACCGUAGGAGGCUGAGCUCCGCUGCUACCUCAGCUAGCUUAGCUGUGACCCGGAGGAGCUGCUAAACAUGCCGCGGAGUAAAAAAGGGAAACGUGGCUCCGGUAAGCCGGGGUCUCUGCGUCAGGAGGUGCUUCAGCUGCAGAUUUCAGCUAAAGGAUCUUUGAAAGGUGUUAAAAAUGGGAUGAAAGUCGAGUCUGGCGCCAGCGACGAUGAGAUGACUUCUGAUGUUCUCAGCCACUACAGUAGUACGAGUGAAACUGCUUCAGUGCUGGAGGAGGGCUCAGGUGAACAGAUAGAUGAGCAGACUGCACAAGAGGAAACUGAAGACAAACUCAAGCAGUGUAUAGACAACCUAAUGGACAAAAGUGCAAAGACCCGUCUAGCGGCUCUAGAGUCACUAAGACAAGCUUUCUCCUCCAGAGUUUUAUACGACUUCCUGACAGGUCAGCGUCUCACUGUGCGCGACUGCCUGGAAAGAAGUUUAAAGAAAGGCAGUGGAGAGGAACAGGCAGUGGCUGCUACCGUUUUCACCCUGCUGUGUAUCCAGCUGGGGGGAGGAGAUGAGGCUGAAGAGGGCUUCAAGUCUCUUCGUCCUAUUCUCACCUCCAUCCUGAAUGACGGCAGUGCCAGUAUAGCAGCACGUCAAAGUUGUGCCAGGGCUUUAGGGAUGUGCUGCUAUGUUUCCACUGCUGAAGAAGGGGAGGACUUGGUCAAGUCAUUGGCUCUUCUGGAAAGCGUUUUCAUAACCUCCUACCCUAAUAGAGAAGGAACGCUGCCUACACCCAAACCAGGCAUGCCUGGGCUCCACGCCGCAGCGCUGCAGGCCUGGUCGCUGUUGGUUACCCUCUGUCCCGCUUCCAAACUGACUGAGCUGCUGGAAAUGCACCUUCCUAAGCUGCAGGCCUGUCUUCAGAGCAGUGAUGUCAACUACAGAAUCGCAGUGGGGGAGACGAUUGCUCUGCUGGUGGAGUUGGGACGAGACAUAGACGAGGAGUUUGAGGUGGAGGACAGUGAGAGUCUGUGCGAAUGUCUGAAGAGUUUAGCCACGGACGGCAACAAACACCGAGCCAAAAACGACAGAAGGAAACAGCGGUCUAUCUUCAGAGAGGUGCUGCAUUACAUAGAGAGCGAGGAUUUCACAGAGGAGAAGAUCAGAUUUGGGGUGGAGAGCGUUUACAUCGAUGGCUGGAUGAGGAAAAGAAUCUACGACGCCUUCAAGGAGAUCCUGGAGUCUGGAGUCAGGCACCAUCUACAGUUCAACCAGCUCCUCCGAGACAUCUUUGGCCUCGGACCCCCCCUCAUCUUAGAUGCUGCUACUAUCAAAGGCAACAAGAUCUCACGGGUAGAGAAGCAUUUAUACAACUCCGCUGCCUUCAAAGCCAGAACUAAACUGAGGAAUAAAGUCAGGGACAAACGCGCUGACGUCAUGUGAAGGACGGAGGAGAGCGGACUGAAGGGAUGGACGAGGAACUAGGAUGCCUUUGGACCUUCAAGACUCAGCAUUUCUUUCACUUGUGCUCUUCAACUGCUCUACUAAGAGCUCUAUCUGCUCUUAAGUUUCUUUGCCAGAUCACUUAGGGGUUUUUUAAUAAAAAAAUUUAAAUCUUUUUUUAUAAACUAGUAGCAGAAAAGGGUAAAAAAAUUUGAAUUCUUCUAUUAGGAAUCAGAGAAAAGAGCUGAGGAAAAGUUCUGCUAUAGUCUUUUCUGUAUCGGAAGUCCGAUUUCCUCCAACGUUCCACUGAAAGUCCCAAAGUGGCUUCUUUGGUGGCCAAACAACUCAACUUUUACAAACAAUGCAACCUUUGGGAAAAGCGUGUGUGGUAUUUGUGUGUGAGUGUGUUUUAUCUGACAUUAAUUUAUCCAUAAAAUAAAACACUUGAAAUAUGAAUCCAGAAGAUGCCUAAUUAAAAAGCGGGAAACAAAACAUUAAUAUUGUCAUUUUUGUAUUGUUUUUGCUUUUGGAAAAUAAUUUAGUUUGAGCUUUUCUGGGUGAACCAUUGUAUUUUACUGUUUAAUUUGUUACAAGAGCUGUAAUAAGUGUCUUUUAAGGAACUUGAAAUCAUUGUUUACAGACACAAUUAUGGUUAAAGAUAUGUUUUCUUAUCCAAUGCAUUUUUUAAUGAAGGUUGCUAGGUCAUUAAAUAUUUACAUCUAUGUAUAACAGG